CCCCACCAGACUCCCGAGAAAAGGUUAUUCAAACUGGCUGCCUUCGUGCUGGAAGGGAGGAAGGAAGCAGCAGCCGAAGAAGCAGGCGGAAUAGCGCAGAGCGAAGAGCGAGGGGCGAGGGGCGGUGCUACGCAGCCAGCCGCGCAGGCGGAGAGAAAGAGGAGGAGCGAGAGAGAGAGAGAGAGAGAGAGAAAGGCCGGCCGAGGCAGGGAAGGCUGUGGAAUUUCAUACAGGCAGAUACACCGCACGCUGCAUACAUACAGUAGGCGCACGGUGCAGGUCUGGUCCACCAAAUCGGUGCUGCGAGGAGCGCGGAGCAGAGCAGAGGAGACAGGGGCCCGGGAGGGUUUGGUUGCGGGGUUUGUAAAAUAUAUAGGACAGUGGGCGUCGCCGAGAGGAGUCGGGAGAAAUUGAGAUUCGGCGCUGAGGGCGGGCACGAGAGAGCGCUCGCCGGGCGGAGCUCUGGGCGGGAGGGUCUCGUUGCUCUUCGAUUGCACGAGGGAAGAGGCGAGCUUCGGGCCGUGUGCGAUUUUCGCCAUGCCUGCAGCCUCAGUCGCUGGCCGUGGUUCCUUGCUCCGCAGCCGAGCGGCGGAUCCGUGCGAGCCUCAGCGGUUCUGGCUCUGGCAGGUGGCGCGUAAAUCCCAGCGAGAUCAGCGACGGAGGAUGUUUGGGCGAUUGUAGAGGAUCAGCAAGGACGUGAGGAGGAGCUGCUGCGAUUAAUUACGCUUAGAAGGGACGAAUCCGUUGAUUUACAGGCCGAUUACGGUUCGUCUGUGGCAAUUCGACGGGCAGAGUUAAAUGGCAAUGACAGGAGGAGGGAGUCUGGACAUCUUAGAGGUCUCGAUUGCAAGGUGGCAAAGGGGCGAAUGGCCCGAUUGGGAUGCAGAGAGCUAUCCCGAAGCGAAGGAUUUGCUGCUGAUCCCUAUGUUUGCUGUUUUUUUCUUCACUGCCCGUUAUCUCCUCGACACCUUAGUAUUUGAAUCGCUAGGCAGAAGAUUCAUUUACGGCAAGGCAGAGUUUAGCUUGAAGGGAUUCAACGACGCCGAGAAAGAUGCGCUGCGGAAGACUCACGUGAAGUUUAAGGAAUCAAUGUGGAAGAUGUGUUAUUACUUAUCUGCAGAAAUAUUUGCGUUGGUUGCUAGCUACAACGAGCCUUAUUUCUACGACACGGAGAAGUUUUGGCUAGGACCUGGCUCACAGCACUGGCCCGAUCAGAAAGCAAAGCUCAAGUUGAAGCUUCUCUAUGGGUACGCGGGUGGCUUUUAUGCUUACAGUAUAAUCGCUCUCGUUUUCUGGGAGACAAGACGGAAGGAUUUCGGCGUGAGCAUGUCCCAUCACAUCGCUACAGUUAUUCUCAUCGUAUUUUCCUACUUAGCUAGGUUUGCUCGUCCGGGUUCGAUAGUUCUUGCUGUUCAUGAUGCGAGUGAUAUCUUCCUAGAAGUAGGCAAGUUAACAAAAUACAGCGGAUCCGAGAUCAUUCCCAGCAUUUCGUUUGUGGUGUUCGCGAUCUCAUGGAUUGUCUUGCGCCUCAUCAUAUUUCCUUUCUGGAUCAUACGGAGCACCAGUAUCGAAGUGCUCGGCCUACUCGAUAAAAACUACAAGAAUGGACCACUUCUUUACUACUGCUUCAACACUCUGCUCAUCAGUCUACUUGUUCUCCAUAUUUAUUGGUGGAUACUAAUUUGGAGAAUGAUUGUAAGACAAGUGAAAGCUCGCGGCAAAGUUGCAGAUGAUGUGCGGUCUGAUUCUGAAGAAGAUGAAGAGCAUGAAAAGGACGACUGAUGUCCUGCCUUUUAAUAUGCAAACGCACGUCAUAUCGAAGAGAGGUUGCAAAGUACCUGGUAUCAAGUUUUUUGCUGGAGAUACUUCAUUCAGGUGGAAUUGUUAAACCCAAGGAUCAAGUGACCACCAUUAACCCAGACUAUAUGAACCGCAAAGCAUGUAAUAUACAAGUCAUUGCAAAGUGCGAAAAAAUGUGAAGAUUUGGGUUUUUGGCACAUCGAAUAGCCUCCUCUGAAAGUUGUCCGAGAACGAUCUGCAAAUCGGGUUGUACUUGAUCAAACCUCGGACCUAUUUGCGCUUCUUCAGCUGCAAUUAUGUUCGUGCUUAUUCAGUUUGUACCGAACUCCGUAAUUUUGUUUAGGAGUAGAAAAGAAACACAUUAUGUGAAGGAGCUAAACUUGGAGAAUGUAACGAAAUCCUUCUGUAAAGCAGGUGCAUCAGUUGGAAAGGUGUGUGAUAGUUUUUUAAGUUCCUUCGUUGGUUGUGGAGAAUUGUAAAUUUAUUUAGAUCUCUACAUCCUAGUUCAGAAACCGUAGAAAGACAAUGGUCGAAAUUAUAGGGAUUUACGGUGAUUCUGUCUCAGGAGAACCCGUGAUCUCUUGAAUUCUUUCAAAAGACGAUAUAUUUCUUUGAGAAUAUCAAAGCGAUAUAGGUAGAUGUGUCAUGUGAAGAAAUAUCAAGGGAUGAUGGUCUUCUCAAUCCAUCAGCAGUUCAAAUUUUCUACCGAGUUUUGCACGAUGAACGUAAUAGGUCAUAAUCGACUAGAAGGUAAUCAUUGUGAUUCAGUCAGUCUUCCUUCGCAUUAAAAUUCCAACAUUCCGACCACCUGAUUUGAUAUAGUCUCUCCGUAUAUUUCAAACUGUCAGUUUUGCUAGACUACUCGGCGAGUAAACUUGUCAAUUGUACGGUUGACCACUUGUGUAGUCCGAUAUUUGCUCAUCCGAUUACAUCCCAUCAAUUUGAGAACGAGCUUGCAAUCAUGGUGAUCACCUAAGAAAUAAGUUGCUCCACAGUUUGGUAUUCCAUUUCUGAGUAACUUGAACCUAGUCUCUUGAGAUCUUGUGCUAAGACUCAGUGUCGCCAUCCUCAGGUCUCCUGACACUACGCAAAGCCUAUAAUCCGCAAGUCAGUCAGUAGCACUUGCGGUCACUAGGAAUCAUCAAUUUGGUAUCCUUUAAAAACACAUCACCGAAGCUUGACUUGUGAAUUGAAUGAUCAAAUGAUCAAGUUUUCAACGUCGACCACGUCUUACAGGAAGGCGAGCGAGUUACACCUGUAAUGUAUCCUCAAUACAUAAAACUUCAAGGGAUCAUCCACUUAUUUCACAUCCUUCUUAGCAGGUAUAGCACGGUGGAAUCACCCGGUGUAAGUUAAUAGAGAGAAAUAAAGAGGGAUUACAAAUGCACAAACUUCGUUGCAUCUGUGCCAGUUGGCAAUCUUGAUUUUGACGUUCUGCUGUACGCUAGUAUCCUUAGGAUAGUCUGAGAGCGUGUACAGCAAAUGAUGUUAAACUUCAGAUGACCC